GACCAGACCCCAGUGUAAUAAAACUUUAACCGGAAACUUUCGUCAACCUUUGGUCACUGUUCGCGUUUUCCGUGCUAUCUGCUGAGUACGUGUUGGUUUUGUCCCACUGAAAUCAUAGUGAUUGUGCAUUUAAACUUGAUGUGUCCUCUCGUUCCGAUCGAAUAGGCAAACGAAUCAAGUCGAUAAUGGGCGCGAGGUAACCACAAAUCAAAACGGUAAACUAUGGCUAUGCGAGAAGUUAAACUCUGCCUGCUUGGGGAUUCUGGAGUUGGGAAAUCCAGCAUUGUGCAGAGGUUUGUUUGUGAUUCCUACCAAGAUUCCAUUCCACCAACGAUAGGUGCCUCGUUUAUGUCCAAAACAAUCACAUCAGGUGAAAAGUCAUUCAAAUUCCAGAUAUGGGACACCGCAGGCCAGGAAAAGUAUCGUGGUCUGGCACCCAUGUACUACAGAGGAGCUGCAGCAGCAAUCGUUGUGUAUGACAUCACCAGCCAGGUGACGUACACCAAAGUCCGAGACUGGAUACACGAGCUACAGCAGCAUGGCCCCGAUAACAUCGCCAUAGCGAUAGCGGGGAACAAAAAUGACAUGGCUGACUUGCGAGAGGUUGAUAUGAGGACGGCCAUGGACUAUGCCCAGGAUAUAGGAGCAGUGUUCAUCGAGACCAGCGCCAAAACAGCUGCCAAUGUCAAAGAAUUAUUUGUAAACAUCAGUGAGCAACUACCGCCAGAGGUGAUGCCUUACAACUCAAACGACAUUGUGAAACCGGGGAGGAAUCAAGGCAAGAAGAGAGGUCGCUGCUGCUAGCAGUUGCUCCCACACUGAAGGUUCGUCUGCCGUUGCCACCUAUUUCUGUCACUGCUUUUUUGAAUUUUGAAAUAUUCACCGUUUUGGUGUUAAAAACUAAAGUUGUCUUUAAGGUAAGUUUUUUUUAACAAAACCAGGUAAAAGUUAAGCUUUAACAACUUCAAGCAGGAUGCACUAUUGCAGCGACCGGAUUACUUUGCAUGGAAGCAAACAUUUUUGUUUUAAUAAAUGUACAAAUUUACAAAUCUUUGUCAUUGUUUAACAGAGAAACACAGUAUUUGGUGAUUUUUUACCAGUUCUUUCUGUUAUUUAGGGAGCGGGAUUCAUGACUAGCACCCAACAGCUCGAUUUUUGAGAGUCAAAAUUUUGACCUACGAAAUUCGUUCUCGCAAGAAUAACACAAAAACGCCCAGUUUUUAAAGGAUGGUUGUGUGGAUGCUUAUAUCCUACUUUUAACUGCUCUUUCCAUACAAUUAACAUCAUUUUUUGUUUAAAACGUAUUUUGCAGCCCAGUUGACUGCAUUCAAUGUUGUCCAUUUUAGAGGCUGUUAAUGUGCAUUUUUGAAUGCAAAGGUAAGAACAGUUUUACAGGUUUGUAGGGAGAAAAGAAAUUGAGCAUGUGGUUUGUAUAACAGCAGACAAUUGGAGUCUGAAAUUCUAGGGGGGGAAAAAUGCUAGCAAAACACAUCAAACACAUCCAACCUAAUCAUGGGUACUGCAUCAUGCUUAUUUAUUAUGUCAAAGCUGUGUUAAUGCAAAUCAAAUUAUGGACAUUACCUGAGAGCCAUUAUCAUGGAGUUUAAGUUUUUUUUAAAGACUGUAAAUUGAUAUUUAGAAAGAAUGAAUUUAAAUGAGUCAUUCUGUUACUGCCUUCUAUGCACAAGGGUUUAGCGUGCAUGCCAAAUCGAAACCGUGACCAAAUCACUCUUUUUUUUGUAAUUUAAGAAAUAAGUGUUAAAUAUGUGUUAUUUUGGUGUUUUUUAUACUUAUUUCUGAAAGGUUUAUAUUGAGGUUGCGUUGGCACAUAGUAGUUACAUGUGAAGAUUGAAGAUUAAUUUGAAGAUUGUUUUGCAGAAAACGAUUUUAAAUUAUUUGCACCUUGUACGUUUAUUGUUUGAGGUUGCAGGAGGGGCCAGAAAUUCUUCCUGCAUUUGUAUAUUUUUAUGAGUAUGCCAUACAUGGCAACAAACUUAUAAUUUGUUGGUCAUGACGGAAUGAAAAGCCAGAACAAUUAAAUUCAGCUUAUUUUAUAGCUAAUCUAACUGUCUUUACUGUAGUGAGCAUUUAAAAAAGCAUGCCUUUUGAAGUUUUGACAUUAUAACUUGCAGAAAACGUGACUUAAAAUUCUACUUUAUAAAUCUAUAUCCUAUAUAACUAUUUGCAGAACAACAAUAAUAUAAAAUACAAUUUGGUAUAUUUAAAAUUGAAUGCAUGUGUAAUUUUGUAAAUAGAGAUAUUUUAUCUAGCGAAAAGUAGAUUAAUCCAAUAAAAUGAAAGAUUCUGAGAAACUUUAGGACAAAAUUUCCCAAUUUGAAAUAUUUGCAAUGAUUCCAUACAUUAAGUUCAUCAAAUUAAUCCAUGCAGCAAAGACGUAAGGAAUUGUCUUGACUUGAACAUUGACUGCCUACAUUCCAAAAUGAAAUUUUAAUGAAAUCAAAUUGUAAUUGCUGCCUAAAAAGGUUAUAUUAUAUCUUUGUAUGGAUUCUUUAUCAUUCGUAGUCUCCGAAUUCAGAAGUUAAAUAUAUUUUACAUGUUGCGCAUUCUUAUGAAAGUUACCGAGAAGCAGUUUCUUGGCAAAGAUAUGUGUAAUUUAUUCUUGAACCUAGUGUUUGGGGCCAGGAAUAAGGAUUUUGAUAAUAGAGACAAAACCUUCACCAAAGAAAUGUUGCAUUUGUAAGAUUUAUUGAGAAAUUUAUGGAAUUUUUGAAUGGAACUAAAAUGUUGCUUGAAAAAUGAUUUAGAGACUUAUCCCUCGUAUUCAAUUUAAGGCGUAUUUCAAAAGUAAAACGGAAAUGAUAUAAACAUGAUAAGUCAUUGACCUCUAUAAUAGAUUGUAAGAGAUUAUUUUUUUUGAUAAGUACAAAGUACAUUUUGUAAAUGUGUUUAUUACAAAUAUAUCCCUAAGUCCUUUUCAUACUUUUCCCCUGCACUUAUGUGUCCUUUGCUGUGUAUGUUCUUCAUUUCCUUGGGGGAUAACACUAUUUCCAACCAGGAAUUACUUUGGUUUUAUUAAACAAUCCAUUUAUUGUAAAAAAAAAAAUCAUCCGAUUCAUGGUUUUGAAAAUUUUACCAUGAAGUUUAAUUGCUAGGUAUCAAAGAAAUGUCUAUACAUUUGUAAGAAAGCAUGUUCAAGUGAAUAAAAUCAAAACACUGUCAUUCCAUUUCAAUAGGCA